AUGAUACCACUACUCGAGAAUGCGAUAUCGAACAAAUUAGAACGACAAGUGAUCGGAUUACAAAAGCCCACUGAUUUCUAUGACUUGGUGGACUUUUAUCGCGACGUUGACCAUGAGAUGCGCAACUGCGAAAGACGGCUACCGAACCGCGAGGCCAGCGCCCGGACUAGCCCGCAGUUUGCCGGACCACGCUCUCGACACCGUCUUUCGCUUCGCGCUCCUAAGGACACAUUCCUCGCAUGGCAGACCGUAACCUGCUUGCACAACACGGUCGCUGCUACAAGUGCGGUGAACACAGACAUCGAAUCCCGAGUACACGAACCCACAAACGAAGAGAUGUCUCUCCUUACUGGCCGCAGAACAGCGAAAGUGGACCACGCGAUUGUGGAAUCGGACGACGGCGGGAACAUAGUUGUCGAGAGAAAAGAGAAGUCGUAG